AUGAGGCGCUGGAGCUUCCACACCGUGGCGCUGGCCAGCGGCGGAGCGGACGAGGAGCUGGCGGCCAAGAAGGAGCUGCUGGCGAGGCUGCGGGCGGACACGGCGCUCUCGAGCUGGCAGAGGAGCUGCUCGUUCCGCGUCGUGGGUCGGGCGCAGCUGGAGGAGCUGGUGCGCGCGACGCACGCGGAGGAGACGGAGGCCAGACGGCGUGAGGAGAGGAAGGCGCUGCAGGAAGCUGCAGGAGCGGGGGAAGGAGACACCGCGGGGGACGCAGAGGAGGACAAGGAGGACGAUGAUGCGAAGGCGGUUGUUGUGUCGCCGGCGCUGUUGGCGCUGGCCUUCCAGCGGCUCGUGGCUCGCGACAAGCGAGAGUUUCUAGCCUACCCACAGUCAGAUCCUAGUGAAGCGGAAGGAGCAAGUGCACAGGCGCAGUAUUCGGCUACUGAAAAGGAGGCACAAGGGUCUGAGGAAGGCGAGCAGGAUCCUGCUCAACCGCCUGCGCGUGUGUACCUGUUGGUUGACUACCCUACGUCUUUGGCUGAGGUCACUGCUCUGCUGAGGCUGGGGGAAGUAGGAAGUGCAUCGCAAGUGGACGAUGGGCCUGAAAACCUGCCACUCCUGCCGCUUAUUGACGGAGUCGUGCUCCUGGCAGAUCCAUCGGCAGCACGCGGCCGAAACAGAAGCAGCUCCACUAAUGUGCCACGGAACCGAGGUGGAUCCGUAGUUAAAGCUGAAGGAGGCACCUCUAGAAUGUCAGUGAUGGAGACAACCGCAUUUCAGACCUCCAACGCCGUCGUGAAGGUGUUCUACGAGGCUGCUCAAGUGGGAGGGAUCGAGUGGAGUGACUUUACGUUUACGAAUAUCGGCUGUGGGGCUACAACGGCAGGAACUAAGUCAACUGAGGAGCUUGAAAAAGAAAUUAUCAGCACCGUGGAGGAGAUAGCAGCUCAGAAGUUUGCGUUUAAAAACUGGAUGGCGUAUUUCCUGGCAGUGUUGCGCCGCAACCAAGAUGCUUCAUCAAACCUUGAGGAGUUCGUCGAGUACGGUGACAUAGUUGGUUGUCGGAUCGCGAGUGCCCAGCUAUUUCGUGAAGCGCUACAAGCAGAUGGAGACCCAUGCUUCGUUGCCAGAGGACAUCGCAUUGACGAUAUUGAAAGAGCGAUGUGGCGACGAAGUGACUUUCCCGGUGUGGGCAAUGAAGGGCGGAAGAUUAUGCCUAGGACGCCACAGCUGUCCGAGCCAGAGCGCAGCGUACGCAACACGGAGCUUGCAACGUUCUACGAAUCACCUCGCUUCAGCUCCUGGAUGACGAAUGCAUUGGUCGAGCGACGCCCCAAUGGCGUCAUAAUCGUAACUUUAACGAGCGGUGCUCGUGUGACGUAUCAUGCGGAUGGCACGGGAAUGUACUUGAAUGCUGGCAACACGCACGUACUCGUUAAAAAGCGAGGCUUUGCCGAUGUUUGUAUCGAUGUGGAUGUCAAUAUUACGGCUCAACACCACAGCGCAGGGGAGCGUGUGGCAGUCACGAAAGGCGGACUACGCGUACGCAGCGUCGUAGACGUUUACGACGGAACACGCGUCGAGAUCAGCUAUAACACAAAGGUUACAGCGCAAGUGAAUGGCCGAGUCACGACUCGAAAGCCCAGUGGGCAAAUUGUCGUAGCUAAAGACAGUGGAAGAGUGGAGUACAUAUCACCGGGAUCCAUGAAAAAUCCAGCCGGCCCAGACUCUAAAGACGACGACGAUAGAGAUGUGACGAGCCACAAUGGUGUCUACUACUUCGACUGUCGCCAAGGGCAUUUCCAGCUUUGUGACAACGAGCAAAACCAGUUUCGCGUAGAAUUUAAUGGAACAGACAAGGAAGAAGGACCUAGUGUAGCUGUUGACCUCGCAGGCGUGGUGAGUGACGCUGAGGUCGCUCGAUACGAAGUAGAUGCUAUUCCGGCGAAAGCUGUCAUCAACGAGCCAAUCCCGCCCCACGUGUUCGUUCUCAAUGGUGAUGGAUCAGGAGUUGAGAUUCCAAGACCACAAGACAUUGCGGGGUACAUUGAGGGCGUUGCAACAGAAAACCAAGUUGGCAAAACAGGUGGCGCCCAGCUAUCAACGACUCGGAGCCAUGUCUUCCUACGGCACCUGCGCGACUCGAGACCCCCAACGCCCAUUUUCAAUGAUGCGAAAGUACAUGCAGAAAUGCUGGGGCUUCAACAACCCGUGGCAACUGCAGCCAAGUAUCUUCCGCGCUUCUUCGCCGAGGCAAAGAUCACCACUCCGUCGCAGCAAUUUACAACCGUGAGGCGUAUCCAACAGAUUGAACCGCUGUCUGCAGAUGAGCUGCUCGAGAUGCAUGCGGGCUGGACCAAGUGGGAACAAUGGCAAGAGGAGCGUGAAGCGAACAAGGAAUGUUACAAGGUUGUCGACCCACGGCAGCCCGAGGUGAUCGCACAAGAGGUAGCGAUGCAAAAGAAGGUUUUAGCCGCUUACAAGGCGACCCGAGCGCGGAAAAAGUUGGCUCGACAGAAGGCUCGUGAGAUGAAAGCUAAGAAUGGUCAGGAACUGAGCCCUGGUUUGCGGAUGGAAACAGUUCAAGAGGGAGAAGAGACAUUGGGCGAUGAGGGUGAAGGCGAAUCGGACGAUGAAUUCGGCCAGUUUGGCUCAGACAUGAGCGACGACGACGUCGGCGAGACUGCCGAGGUGGACGACCCGAUGGAGCUGCUAUGGUCGGCGUUUUCGCAGGCCGAUACGGAAGGCAGGGGCUUGCUGUCCAUCGCGCAGACGCGACUAGGUGUGGUCAACGUUCUAGGCAUUGGUGUGACUGCCAACGAGCUCACAGAGGCGCUCGUGCGGUUCAAGAUUCCCUAUCCUUUCAAUGUGAGCUUUGACGUCUUCGCUGACCUCGUCGCGUUCUUCCGAAGCGGCGACGAGAGCAACCAAGAUUCCGAGGAGCCUAGCUCAGACCAGGGCAGCCACAUCCCAUCGCUUAAAGGCAUGGCGCCAGCGCAGCGCGAGGGCCAUGGCACGCCGCGCGGGUCUGCUGCUGAGGCCAUCCGCGCGAGACACCUCGACGGUGGCAGCAUGAGCUGCUAG